AUGGAUCCCUUUAGAAACAUUUUCAGCAUAGAAGGAUGCAGCAGUAGUGAAUCAGGUUGGACAACAUACAUUGCAUCUCCCAUGCAAGAAGAUGAUGCUGAAUGCAGUAAUAUUGAAGAUGCUGAUUAUGACAACCAUAAUCGCAUUACAUAUCACACAAAGGAUAAAAUUGGCAAAGAUGACAACGAGAGUGAUGAUUCCAUGGCUUCUGAUGCUUCCUCUGGCCCAAGCCAUCAUCACCACCUUGUUUCUUCUAGAAGUAAAGACAGCAAAGCCGCAGCUGGAUUCGGUUCCAAGCGCGACAACAAGGAGUCUAAGCACAAGAGCACAAGAAAACAAGAGAAGAAAAGUGGUGAAAAGAGCACCAAGAGGAAAACUUAUGCAUCUCAUGGGACAUUCUUAGCUGUUCUAGAAGAGAACCAGCUUGGAGCUGUUCAUCUACUCUUCCCAGGCCUUACAACAGUAAUCAGCAUAGAGAAACAUCAUACGAAAGCGUCAGGUUAG